AUUUAUUUUUUCCAGUAUAGUCGCGUGUGAAACCGCAUUAAAUUGAAAGUUUUUUAGUUGUCAUUACAGACAACCAGUAAGUUGUAUGUGGACCUAUAAAAUGAUAGUUAAUUAUACAGGAGUUUAAUAAAAGUUUUACAUUUUUCUUAAAGUCGGCUUUUUUAGCAGUGAAAUGUCGGGAAUUACUAAUUUAUCUAGUGACAAAAAAGGGGAGCUUAUUGAGCAAGUCAAACAACAAAUUGCAGUAGCUAAUGCUCAAGAAUUGCUGACGAAAAUGACAGAAAAGUGUUUCAAUAAAUGUAUAUCCAAGCCAGGAUUGCAAUUAGAUUCAUCUGAACAGAAAUGUAUUUCCAUGUGUAUGGAUAGGUUUGUGGAUUCCUAUAAUUUAGUUUCCCGCACUUACAGCAAUCGCUUGCAACGUGAGCAGAGCAAGAUAUAGAAAAAUUCAUAUCCAGUUAAUUUCUCCGUGUCUUCAUGUGAAGAAUCUGUUUUUCAACACUUUUCUAAUAAGUUUUGUUUUAUAAACAAGAUUUUAUAGAAAAGGUAUAAAAUUACUUUAUAAUACUUCUAGCUGUUAUUUAAUUUUGUAACAAUUAAAAAUAGUACAAUAAACUACUAAAUGUA